AUGGCCAAUUCUAGUCCAGCCAGUUUCUUGACGCAGGCCAAUGCCAUACUUAGAAAAAACUUAACCUAUCAGAAGCGCAACAUAUGGAGCAACGUUCGGCUCAUCAUGAUCCCUUUCUACCUCUGCGUGGUUUUAGUUUGUAUUCAAGCUCUGUUUGAUUCACAGGUCAACAAGUCACUCGAUAACCAAUGUGGUUGUAAAUGCAUUCACAAAACCGGAGCCGAGAAAUGCCAAAUGGUCUGUGGUGUAGAAUAUUCUACUCGUGAGCAAGGAGUCUUUUGUGCCAUCCCAAAGCCACAACCAUGGCCUCCUUUGAUUCUUAUCCCGCUUCCUCGGUAUGGUGCUGUUGAUUCCAAUCUCACUGAUGUAUCGUGCAAGCAAAGAAACAAUUGCCCUGUAACUAUACUUCUCACUGGGAGGAAUCAAUCUCUUGGCGCAACUUUGUCUAGAAAUCUUCUCAGAAGAUCCUUUGCAAUGAACUACUCUGACCUCUUGUUUAGUUUGGCUGAUAAUGUAUUGGCUACAACAUAUAAAGGAAGUCCCACCAAUUAUCUUGAUGCAGGAAUUGUCUCAGAUCGUUUCAUAUACAACCUUCAACCUCGGUGUACUCAAAACUCCAAUUUUUCAUUCUCAAUUGGACAACCACCUCUUAAUUUUACCAAAGAGACGAGAUGCGUUCAAGGGUUGAACCUUUGGAGAAAUAGCUCCAGAGAGAUUAAUAAUGAGAUUUUCAGAGGUUAUUAUAAAGGAAAUCCUGAAGGGAUGAUAAAUGAGUUUGUUGCAGCAUAUGAUCUCUUGGACACAAAUAGGACUAACUUUAAUGUGAAUAUCUGGUAUAACGCAACGUACCUGGAUGAUUCAGGAAAUAGACCUCCUAAAUUGCUCCGAGUUCCACGCUUAGUUAAUUUGGUGUCAAAUGCUUAUCUUCAGUAUUUGAAAGUCCCAAGGACAAAGAUAGUUUUUGAGUUUGUCAAAGAAAUGCCUAAACCAGAAACUAAACUUCGUUUAGACAUCGCUUCUCUGAUUGGUGCAGUUUUCUUCACAUGGGUUAUUCUUCUUCUGUUCCCUGUGAUCUUGACGUCACUGGUGUAUGAGAAACAACAGCGUCUAAGAAUUAUAAUGAAAAUGCACGGGUUAGGAGAUGGUCCAUAUUGGAUGAUCUCCUACGCCUAUUUUCUAGCCAUAUCCACGUUAUACGUUAUAUGCUUAAUGAUAUUUGGGUCAGCAAUAGGGCUGAAGUUCUUUCUGCUCAAUGACUACAGCCUCCAUUUUGUUUUCUAUUUUCUCUACAUAAAUCUGCAAAUCUCCAUUGCCUUUUUAGCUUCCUCAGCAUUUUCAAAGGUUGAGACAGCCUCAGUUGUUGCAUACAUAUACGUGUUUGGAUCUGGAUUAUUAGGCUGGUUUCUCUUCCAGUUUCUCAUUGAAGAGCUAUCAUUUCCCAGACACUGGAUUUUUGUCAUGGAGCUGUAUCCCGGCUUCUCUUUAUUCCGGGGGUUGUAUGAGUUCUCUCAGUAUGCUUUUCAAGGGAACUUGACUGGGAGGGAUGGAAUGAAGUGGAAAGAUUUAAGCAAUAGUUCAAUGGAUGAAGUUUUCUACAUCAUUAUAGUUGAAUGGUUUUUCUUACUCAUUUCAGCAUACUAUAUGGAUAAGAUGUCUUCAUCAGGAAAAGGUCUUUUGUUCUACUUGAAAAACCCUUUCGAGAAGUUUCUUUCUCCACAAAGUCCUAGCUUGCAAAAUCAGGUCUCUGCAGUUUCCGUAGAAAUGGAUAAACUAGAUGUCAUUCAGGAGAGUGAAAAAGUUGAGAAACUGAUGAGUGAGCGGAAAACAAGCCAUGCUAUUGUAUGUCACAAAAUGAAGAAGGUGUAUUCGGGUAGGGAUGGAAACCCGCCAAAAAUAGCGGUUCAAGGGUUAUCUCUGGCUGUUCCUUCCGGAGAGUGCUUUGGUAUGUUAGGACCCAAUGGUGCUGGAAAGACCUCAUUCAUCAACAUGAUGACUGGGCUAGUGAAACCAACAUCAGGGUCAGCGUUUGUUCAAGGUUUCGACAUAUGCAUGGAUAUGGACAGAGUAUACACCAGCAUGGGUGUAUGUCCACAACACGACUUACUCUGGGAAACACUGUCAGGAAGGGAGCAUCUUCUCUUCUAUGGGAGACUUAAGAAUCUCAAAGACUCUGAUCUUGAUCAAGCUGUAGAAGAGUCUCUUAGGAGUGUAAACUUAUUGCGUGGUGGAGUUGCUGACAAACCUGCUGGAAAAUACAGCGGAGGUAUGAAAAGACGGUUAAGUGUAGCUAUUUCACUUAUAGGGAGUCCUAAGGUGGUUUAUAUGGAUGAGCCGAGCACAGGACUUGAUCCAGCUUCUAGAAUGAACCUAUGGACAGUCAUAAAACGCGCAAAAACAAACACUGCGAUAAUCCUUACGACUCAUUCAAUGGAAGAGGCAGAGUUUCUAUGUGACCGUUUGGGAAUAUUUGUAGAUGGAAGGUUACAAUGCAUAGGAAACCCAAAAGAGCUAAAGGGAAGGUAUGGUGGAUCUUAUGUGUUAACUAUGACAACAGCACCAGAACAUGAGAAAGAUGUAGAGAUGUUGGUUCAAGAAGUUUCUCCAAACGCCAAGAAGCUAUAUCACAUUGCUGGGACACAGAAAUUUGAGAUCCCAAAAGAAGAAGUUCGGAUCUCACAAGUGUUUCAGGCCGUGGAGAAGGCCAAGCGCAGUUUCAAAGUGUUUGCUUGGGGACUUGCGGACACAACUCUUGAAGAUGUCUUCAUUAAGGUUGCUAGAAGUGGUCAGGACUUUAAUGUCUUCUCUUGA